GCCCUUUUUCACGCCCUUUCACUUGAAUUGCGGUGGAAGGGUGGAUUUGAUAACUGUCGAAUUCACUGUCUUUUCGCUGCUUUUUCAGGUGUUCGAAAUGUCAGACACAGAGGAGGCUACGGGGAGCCAAGCGGCGUCAAAACAUAAGUUGGUCGACACAAUUACGGAUCCAGAGCUGGCCUGGAUUGCGCCCGAGCCGAGGGGCAUUGCUUCGACGAUUACUGCCCAGGAUCCCCGGCUCUUUACCAUCGUCGAGGAGGGUGGCCCGGUCAACUGGGAGGUUCAUAUACCUGCUGAGGGGGAGCGGAUUUGUUCGCCGUACACGGAAGGUGGAUUUACCAUGUACGAACUGGCGUUCAAGGAGAUGGGAUAUCGUUUGCCCUUCAACAACCUCGAAGCCGAGAUUUUUGGCCGGUUAAGGGUAGCUCCCUCCCAGCUUCAUCCAAACGCGUUGGCGUUCAUCCGGGCGUACCAGAUUCUUUGUCGAUAUCUGGAGGUGGAGGCCACUGUUUCUUUAUUCUUCUACAUCUUCAAAAUCCAGCGACAGAAGGUCGGGGACCAGCAAGGUUGGAUUUCCUUGAAGCAUCAAUCGAGCAAGAUAUUCAAGAUGUUCGUGGAGUCUGCUCGGGGUUUCAAGGAGAGAUACUACGUAGUGAGGCCGGUGACGGAGUUUGCUUUGAACUCUCUCUAUAUGGACAGGCCUGUGUUCCUUGAGGAUGGGUCUCCUCAGUUGGACGAGGAGGGAGAGCAGGUAACGGAGUGGAGCCUGCGUUUUCCGCUGUCAUGGUCGUCGGGGCAUUUCUUAUUGCGGACCGACGAGUACUUAACGGCUGGCGAGGACCUGUCCCCGGCAGAGAUGGCGGGCUUUGAGAAGCUGAAAGUGUAUGUGGAUGGCUUUAAGCCUUGCAAAGUUAUAACCAGCUUAGGGGAUGUUGCUUUGGAUAAGCAUGGCAAACCGAGGAUUGAACCUCGUUUUGUAAAUACCAGAUUAUUAUUGUCGUGCAGAACUGUUUCAGCCGAGGACACUCUCCUGGGUAGGAUGGCAGAUCUUGCUAGUGAGCUUAUGAGGAUAGCUGCUGAACAGAAGGGAGAGAAAGCUAGGAAAAAGGCGAGGAGGGCCAAGCCAACCAUUUUGAUGGGUGAUCAGGGUGCUUCGGGGAGCGUCUCACAAUCUUCGCCGGCGGGGAGCUCGGCUGGGACCCCGGGAGGUCGUGCAAAGAGGCAUCGGGAGGAACAGAUGACGCCUAUCGUCGACCUGUCGGAGGGGGACGGUGGCUUUGUCCUCCCCGCAUGUUUGAGCAACCGAAAAUUUUUUGAUACGAAUCCCCUCCAGGUGCCUGCGUCGGAGAAGAAUUACAUUCUGGGUGUUUCUUCAGCUGCCCGACAGAAUCAGCUGAAUGAGGAUAUUGCUGCUGUCAUCCGGCUGGCGGAGACAGCCUUGGUAUUGAACGAAGGGGGGCCAACUCUCGAGGCUGAGAAGCUGGCCGCUAAAAACAGGAAGCUGGAGGCUGAGAUUGCUUUGUUGGAAAAUGAUCUGCUCGACCUUAGGAGCAAGCAGGAAAAUUAUUUCAAGAAUAUGGAGGAGGCCCGACUUACCGCUGAGCAGCUGGAGAAGACGAACAAGGUGCUCGAGGACCUGAAAGUCAGCAGUGCCGAGCAGAGGGGUAAGCUGAUGGAAGAAGUGGCUAUGUUGCAAGCCAAGUGUGCCCCUCUUGAGGAUGAGAAGGAGGAAACUCUCAAGUUUGUAACUCGAGGAGACCUGGUGAAGGAAAUCAAAAGGCAAGGGGGCUUGAUGUUGGCGAGCAUGGUGCAUGGGUGGAAGAAUGCGAUCGCCCAACUCAGGGUUGUGAAUGCCGAGCAUGGCUUGAUUACUGAUGGCAUUCACAAGCUCAAACGGGUUGAGAACGGGCAGAUUGUUAUUCCUGAAGAGUAUAAGAAAAUGGCCCUUGAGGAGGAGAAGUACGAUGAAGAGGAAGGUGAUGGUGAAGACGAGGAGGAGGAGGAAGUUGAGGAGGAAGCUGUCGGGGAGGACCAGGCACAGGGGGGUAAUCCGGAGGGCCAUGAUGAGAGCACCUGAUCCUCCUCGACUGUCUUAUUUGGGCCUGCGCGCCGUUAACUUGUAAUUUUCUUUGUUUUUGAACAAUAUUUUUGGGGGCCUGCGUGCCCGGCUUUUGUAACAUUUGACAAAUGGGUUUUUAUGCCCGGUAAUUUAUAACAAUGGUGCCCGUUUUAUUUA